CAUCGCUUCAUCGCUUCAUCGUUUGUAAAAAUCGGCUGGUGUGCGGCGGCCUUAAGUGAUAAUCCUUGAAUUCUACAGCGUAGUGACAGGUGCAUAAGAAGACUGAUUUGAUCAGAAGGCACAGCACGGUUAAAUACAAGUGUAAAACGUAUUAUUUUUUAAGGAUUAACAAGUCUAUUUACUCUUCAAGUCGGUCAAGUUUGUCAUGAUAUGAAAACACCACUAGACAACAGGUGCAGACGGAGAUAAGAGCAAGAUAACACUACAACAGCUGUUAUACAGGAUUUGUUUUCUGAUCGGUUAGGUUUUAAGGCCUGAAGUUAUACGUGCGCGUGCCAUAAUUGCUAAAAGACAUUCAUCGUAGUGACCAUGGCGUGGUUACCUAUUCUAGCGUGCGUGCUCACAUGCACAACAGUUUUUGGAGCUCCGCCGAUCUUCAGAGGAGAUUCGAUUAGCCGGGUUGAGCUGAGCGAGUUCGCUACUAAGCUGUGGGGCUUCGACGACAACAGAAAUGGUACGGGAGACCUAGUGGUGGACGUGGGCAACUAUUCUGGCAACUCCAACGCAGACCAGUCGCCCAACCCCUUCUUCACGUAUGUGGACGCCGACCUUCUCAAUACGCCAACCUAUCAGAGGUUCAUGAAGCUGCUGAAUAACUACGAUCCCUACUUGGAACGGCCCGAGACGAAGACACCCGAGGAGGAACAGGAAGAGUUGGAAUUCCUCGAUGAAAUCAUGAAGACGAGGGUCAUGACGGAAACGCUCUCGUUCCUGAUCGCAAAACGCUACGUAACGUCGGCAACCGACUUGGAGAAUAAGCUAAAGGACAUGUGGUUUGAGCUGUACAGCCGCAGUACUUCAUACGAAGCCUUAGACUCUUGCGGAUUCGCGCACACAUUUGUCGGUGAAAUAGACAAAUCGGACAAGGAAGUGAGUGGAUUUCACAACUGGCUCUCUCUCAUGCAAAAGGAGCAGAAUGGACAAGUGAAUUACUUUGGCUGGGUAGCAAUAACAGAUCCACAACUGAUGGCCAUGAAAUUUACAUUCAACGGAUAUCUAAAAAAGUAUACUGGACUUUGGAUCGGUACAAGCCCAGAGUUUGAAAUGGCAAUGUACACCGUAUGUUUCAUGGCUAGAAUCGACCAGAUAUGCCGUUUUGAUCUCAAUGGAAUUGAAACAGAGAUACAAACGUGGACACUGGCGACUGAUUCUGAUAACGUUGGAACAGCUUACCCUAAGGUUGACUAGCAACAACGAGUUGCUUUUAUAGUUUCAUCAUAAUAUAAUCAUCAAAUUCACCAAGAUGAUUCUAGAACCAAUGUGUUGUCACGAGCAAAACUCUUUUUGCCUUCAAGUUGUAGUGAGUAUUAUCUGCUUGUAGUAUCUGCUAUGAUAUUAUCAAUUGUAUGUGCACAAUUCGGUAAGCGUGCAAGUGAUUGACAUAGAGGCAGAGCACCUUAGAGUGCCGUUCGCAUAAUAAAUAGUCCAGUACGUUUCUUCCAACAAUUGAAAUUCAUUACGACUAGAAAUGAAAUAUAUGAACUCAUGACA